AUGGGUUUUUCUUGGUUAUUUACUGCUUGGGGCAUGGAUGUUAUUGGGCCCAUCGAGCCUCCUGCGUCCAAUGGACAUCAUUUUAUCUUGGUCGAUAUCUAUUACUUCACGAAGUGGGUUGAGGCCUCAACACAUAACAUCGUAACCAAGAAGGUGGUAGCAAAUUUUAUCUGCAACAACUUAGUCUGUCGGUUUGGAAUUCCAGAGUCAAUCAUAACAUAUAAUGGAGUCAAUCUUAAUAGCAACCUGAUGAGAGAGAUUUGCAAAAAGUUUAAGAUCUCUUAUCAAAAUUCCACGGUAUAUCGACCACAAAUGAAUGGAGCGGUUGAAACUGCAAACAAGAAUAUCAAAAGGAUCUUGAGGAAGAUAGUGGGCGGUAAUAGGGAAUGGCAUGAGAAAUUGCCAUAUGCUUUAUUUGGAUAUCAUACCACAAUCAGAACUUCUACUGGGGCAACUUCUUUUAUGUUGGUUUAUGGGUUGGAAACAGUGAUACCUACAGACGUUGAGAUACCUUCAUUAAGAAUCAUCCAGGAGGUUGGUCUAGAUGAUGUUGAAUGGAUUCGUAGCAGGAUCGAGCAGUUGAUGCUUAUUGAUGAGAAGAGGUUGGAUGCGGUUUGUCAUGGUCAACUCUAUCAAAAUAAAAUGAUCAAGGCGUUCAACAAGAAAUUCAAGCCUCGUUGA